UGUAAGAUCAUAAUAAAUCAGCGUUAAAAAAAAGUAACAUAAUAAUUUAGUAACAGCCAUUACAUAAAAAAUAUAUAUAAACGUUAUACAUUGUACAAUAAAUAUAAUAACAAAAACAAUUAUGAAAACAAAAUAUAUGUUAUCUACAUGAUUUGAUAUGCAAAUUAUAUAAUAGGUAUCCAGAUAUUCAGACAUAGUUUUACUAUUGUGUUUCAUAUUCACUGGAUCUAUGAAAGUACUUUCCAUGUAUGGAUUCAGACACUUUAAUAUUUGUUUUUCAAAGUGGAUCAAAACAAAUCUCGAAUCAAAUCGUUUUAAUUCUUAGAAACAAAACCAAUUGAAUCCUAAAGAAACUUUAUCUAAAUAUAGUAAAAGCAAAACAAAUCUAAAUAUAUUAAAGAAAAACAAAUGUUUAAAAACUCCUUAAAUUAUUAAAUACAUAACAUAAGAAAUAUUUAUGAAAUUUCAUUCAUAAACAGUUUUUUGUUUUGAGAUUUCUUUGCUCGGAGAUAUGAAAAAUAUAAAAGCGAUCUGUAACAUAAAAUAUAAGAGAUAGAAGACAAAGAUAAAAAAAAUUGAUUUGAUUUAGUCCUUUUCAUUUUUGAAUGAUAAAUUAUUUUAGUAAUAAAUAAAAAUCAGGUUUCAUUAUUACUCUCUCCGUUUCUAAAUAAGUGUCACUUUGAUAUUUUUCACACAUAUUGAAAAAAGUGGCAGAAAUAUAUGUAAAUUGUUAUUAAUUAUACUUCACUAACCAAUAAUAUUUGAGAUAAAUAAAAUUAUUUUUUCAAUUAAUUUUCAUCUGAAAGUAAGUAUAAUUUGCAUUGGAAUUGCAAAGUGAUAUUUUUUUUGUAACUAGAAAAAAUAUUAAAAUAACACUUAUUAUGAAACAAAGUAAAUACUAUUUAAGAACGAAACCAGAUUUCCUUACUUUAAAUAUAUGUGGGACAAUGUUUGUUAAGGAAAAUUUAUUAGAAUAAUAGAUUACUUAACUUUUCCUUUUAGCCAAAUUUAUUUUUUAUAAACAGAUUUUUAUUUUUAUUUUUUUGAAAGGUUUGCUUCUGUGAAAGGGAUAAAAUUUGUUGAAAUAAAAGGAAAUGAUAAGAUUUAAAAUAUAAACAAGUUUACAUCAAUAGUAACGGAUUACAGACAAGGUGAACCAAUCACAAUCUCAGUUUUAAUGUUGAAUAUCAGCAUUUUUCUGUUUUUAGACAUUAAUCAAAAUAUAUAGUUAAAUAAUACAAAUACGAAGUUUGCUUUUCUAGUCUUUUAUUCCUCUUCCUUCUCUCAAUUCAAGUCAUUCCCUCUCCACAGUUGUGCCACACCCACCACCAUUAAUCACCAUCGUGACAUGUGAUCUGUCUAGUCAAUAAUUAAAAUUAAUUAAUAUAUUACUGCCAUGAGAAGUAAUAUCUUUUUUUUUGGUCAAAAAAAUUUGGUGAUAACUAUUCCUAUAAAUUUGGUGAUAACUUUGGUGAUAACUCUAAUAAUUGAAACUUAUAGGCUUUCACCUUUUGCUCUUCUCGUGUGUCUUUGAACAUAGUUUAUCAUGGCUCUCUCUGUAUUUCGAUUUCCUUCUUACUUGAGUAGAGAAACUUCAACAGAUCACUGCAAAACUACUUCCUUAUCUUCUUUUAAAUCUUUGGCUACAUAUCUUCCAUCAAUAUGCCACAGAAGUACCGUUUCUCGUUCAAAAAUCAGUACAACAGUAAAUGGCUCACUUGUAAAGAGGGGUGACUAUUAUUCUACUAGACCACCAACUCCUUUGUUGGACACAAUCAAUCAUCCAAUCCACAUGAAAAAUUUGUCCAUCAAGGAACUCAAAGCUCUUUCAGACGAGCUGAGGUCAGAUGUUAUCUUCAAUGUUUCAAAAACUGGAGGACAUUUAGGUUCCAAUCUUGGUGUUGUUGAGCUCACAGUGGCUCUUCAUUACAUUUUCAAUACUCCUCAAGAUAAGAUUCUUUGGGAUGUUGGUCAUCAGUCUUAUCCUCACAAGAUUCUAACGGGGAGAAGAGGUAAGAUGAAGACACUGAGACAAACCAAUGGCUUAUCCGGUUUCACCCAGCGAGGAGAGAGUGAACAUGAUUCCUUUGGCACUGGACAUAGUUCAACCACAAUAUCUGCAGGAUUGGGGAUGGCUGUGGGAAGGGACUUGAAGGGUAGGGACAACAACGUGGUUGCAGUUAUAGGCGAUGGUGCAAUGACAGCUGGACAAGCUUAUGAAGCAAUGAACAAUGCUGGCUAUUUGGAGUCUGACAUGAUUGUGAUUCUCAAUGACAACAAGCAAGUCUCUUUGCCUACUGCUAACUUGGAUGGACCAACACCACCUGUUGGAGCUUUGAGCAGGGCUCUUAGUAAUAAGUUGCAGUCUAAACGUCCUCUUAGAGAACUUAGAGAAGCUGCAAAGGGGAUGACAAAGAAAAUUGGAGGAUCAAUGCACCGGCUAGCUUCGAAGGUAGAUGAGUAUGCUCGUGGAAUGAUUAGUGGGGCUGGUUCAACUCUAUUUGAAGAACUUGGUUUCUAUUAUAUUGGUCCAGUUGAUGGACACAACCUAGAUGAUUUGGUUUCAAUUCUUAAAGAAGUAAAGAGCACUCGAACCUCAGGACCAGUUCUUAUUCAUGUUGUGACUGAGAAAGGUCAUGGAUAUCCUUAUGCAGAGAGAGCAGAUGACAAGUAUCACGGAGUUGUGAAAUUUGAUCCAGCAACUGGUAAAGAGUUCAAAAACAUUGCUGAAACUAAGUCUUACACCACCUAUUUUGCGGAGGCCUUGAUUGCAGAAGCAGAGGAAGAUAAAGAUGUUGUUGCCAUUCAUGCAGCCAUGGGAGGUGGGACUGGGUUGAAUCUCUUCCAACGCCGAUUCUCUACACGUUGUUUCGAUGUCGGUAUAGCAGAACAACAUGCAGUUACUUUCGCUGCUGGUCUUGCAUGUGAAGGUCUUAAGCCAUUUUGUGCAAUCUACUCGUCUUUCAUGCAACGAGCUUAUGACCAAGUUGUACAUGAUGUUGAUCUACAAAAACUGCCUGUGAGAUUUGCAAUGGAUAGAGCAGGACUUGUGGGAGCAGAUGGUCCAACGCAUUGUGGUGCAUUUGAUGUGACGUUUAUGGCAUGUCUUCCAAACAUGAUAGUGAUGGCUCCAUCUGAUGAAGCAGAGCUUUUUAACAUGGUUGCAACCGCUGCAGCUAUAGAUGACCGUCCUUCUUGCUUUCGAUAUCCUAGAGGAAACGGUGUUGGCGUUUCACUUCCUCCUGGAAACAAAGGUGUCCCUCUUGAGGUUGGAAAAGGUAGGAUACUAAGGGAUGGUGAGAGGGUAGCUCUAUUAGGCUACGGAUCAGCUGUUCAAAACUGUUUAGAGGCUUCUUCUGUACUCGAUAAACGAGGAUUAAAGAUAACUGUAGCAGAUGCAAGAUUUUGCAAGCCAUUAGAUAUUGCUCUUAUUCGAAAGUUAGCUAAAUCUCAUGAGGUUCUGAUCACUGUUGAAGAAGGUUCAAUUGGAGGGUUUGGAUCACAUGUGGUACAGUUUCUAGCACUAGAUGGUCUUCUUGACGGAAAGCUCAAGUGGAGACCAAUGGUACUACCUGACCGGUAUAUCGAGCAUGGAUCACCACUAGACCAACUGGCUGAAGCUGGCCUCACGGCUUCUCAUAUUGCAGCCACCGUACUUAACUUAAUUGGGACACCCAGAGAAACCUUGUAUUGGAAGUAAUCGGGUAUCCAACAGAAGGGCAAAGUUUCCCACCAAUUAUCUAACAUAUUGUAUAAAGUUUUGUUGUUAAAAAUUUCUCAGUAUGUUUUCUAAUUUUCAUAGGCUUUUUUCCUUUUUGAUA